UCAUAGAUGUUCUCUGUAUAGGUGCUUCUCUCUCCCCCUCUCUUUCUCUCUGAAUUUCACUUGGUUAUUAGUCGUCGUUUCCGAGUGGCUGUGAUUUUUAUGUGUUUGUUUUUCGUUUAUUUAGUCGAAGGGAUUGAUUAAUUCCUGGCUACUGAUGUAAAUCUUGUAUGUUUGCAUGUAUAGCUGAUUCUUCCUGUAAAUUUUUCUUUAUUUGCCAAACACAAUGACUACAAAAAAGUAUGAAUGGUGUGAAAUUCAAUUGGGUUUUGCUUGCUUGUCAGCUCUGUUUUGAUGCGUUUGUUUCUGGGUAUUUGUGUUUCUUGGAAAUUGAAUAUUUUUUUUUAUCUAAUUCAGGUGAUAAUUUUGGAAAUUGGGACAAGUUUAACAGAGACCAGGUAAAUUUUAUGACGUUGUCAUAUGGAUUCUGCUUAAUCGUGUUGGAUUCUGCUUAAUUGUGUUGAAUUUUUACAUGAGUUGUGUAGAUAUUAAAGUGUGCUGGGGCUUUGAUCUUUGACUCAUCUUUGGGAGCAGAUUCUAGAUGUAAUGACGAGUUAAUUUGACUAGUAUAGGGGGUUUUCAUGUCGCCCCUGAUUAAUAGUAGUAAUGGGUAAAGUUUGUUGGAACAAUGUGUCAUGGAAUUAGUUUAAGCUUGAGCUGGAAUAGCUUCCUUUUGCCUUGAACACAAAGCUUGGCCCUUUGCCUUGUUAUUGGGAUUGGCUUGGCGUAUCUACAUUCUCCAGGACUAAAUUGUUAUUAUGUUCUUUAAUCCAUUCUAUGAGACACUUCAUUCUCAUAUUUCUAAUAGAUCUAGAUAUGACUAAUUUCCGUCUGAAAGCAUAAAUAAUAUAAGUUGCCAAAUGAUGUAAACAGCAAUAGGCUCUUUGAUCCGCUUUCUUGUCUAAUGCCAAACCAGAGGCUAUCAAAUACAAAUAUAUAUCAGCUUUUCAAAUUAGAAAAUUGAACCAUUUCACUGUUGAGGAUCAUACCAUGUGGUUACCGUUGCCUAUUUAAGACAGCUGUUCACCACAUAUGAUGAAGUUCCUUCUAUGACGAAUGGAUAUAUCCUUUGUGUCAUCUUUUUUAUCCUUUUUGUUUUUUUUUUCUCUUUCAUUUUGAAGCAAAGCAAUAAAUCACCAUCUUUUAUUAGCUUUUGACCAUUUUUGAUUUAUAAACCCAUUCUACUACUUUGUAGUAUUCAAAUAGAAUUUCAUCUCUUUGAUGCUAGUGAGUUUAUUGGGGGUGAUCAUGAUAAAAUGACACAACCUAAAAGAUUUUCCAGAGUGCACAAGAAUUUUUGUAAUUUUCAGCGGGUUCAAAUCCCCACUUAAGACUACUUGGCUCGGAGUAGAUAUACCAAUAGUUUACCACGUUUAUACUUGAAUUGUUCACCCAAUAGUUUUGAUGGUGUGCUUGUAAAGUAUUUUUACUGUUUUGUGUUGGUGGAGCAUAUUUCUUAGAAUGGUUAUAAUGUUGCAUGUCUCUUUAUUUUAUUACUUUCUGCCUACUCUUUUAUGUUAACCUAUCUUCUUAUUUUUAUCUUUUUGAUAGCCUCAGGAAACUUCAUUGAAUUGAGAAUGUUACAAUAGCUUUACCUCAGCUUCCUUUGACAUGUAUUGUGUCUGCAGAGAGUGAUUAGAUGGAGCGGCAAUCAAGUAAUUCUAUUCCAGCUGAUACUGGAGGUCCGUUUAGAACGAUAUCAGCUAAUGUUCCUAGGAAAGUGGUAAGUGCAUGGGGAAUCACAAAUGGAACAAAUGAGUGUCCUGCAUCAGGUGAUGCUAGCUUGUUUUCUAGCUCGUUACCUGUACUCCCGCAUGAGAAGUUGAAUUUUACUGAUUCGGAGAAUUUUGGUCAAUCUGUUGGUGAGGACUUACAUAACCUAAACAAACCUAAUGAAGAAGAUGGAGGCAAACAUGCAGUUGAAGAUAUUGGGCCAAAUGGAAUUGGAAGCUUGCUUCCUGAUGAUGCAGACGAGCUGUUAGCUGGCAUUAUGGAUGAUUUUGACCUCAGUGGGUUGCCUACCCAACUGGAGGACUUGGAAGAUGAUCUUUUUGGCAGUGUAGGGGGGAUGGAAAUGGAUUUUGAAUCCCAAGAGAGCCUAACUAUUGGUAUGUCAAACUUAAUCUUGUCUGAUGGGGUUCUUGGAAAUGGCAUUGGGCAUUAUGGUCUUCCAAAUGGGGUGGGAACUGUUGCUGGAGAACAUCCAUAUGGUGAACAUCCUUCGAGGACAUUAUUUGUGCGAAAUAUCAACAGUAAUGUUGAGGACUCUGAGCUGAGAUCUCUCUUUGAGCAAUAUGGGGAUAUCAGAACACUAUAUACUGCGUGCAAGCAUAGGGGCUUUGUGAUGAUAUCUUACUAUGAUAUCCGUGCUGCUCGGACUGCGAUGCGUGCACUACAAAAUAAGCCAUUAAGACGAAGGAAGCUUGAUAUUCACUUUUCAAUUCCCAAGGAUAACCCUUCAGAAAAAGAUAUUAAUCAAGGAACUCUGGUGGUGUUCAAUUUGGAUGCAUCAGUAUCCAAUGAUGACCUUCGUCAAAUAUUUGGGGCUUAUGGGGAAGUCAAAGAGCAAUAUGGGGAUAUCAGAACACUAUAUACUGCGUGCAAGCAUAGGGGCUUUGUGAUGAUAUCUUACUAUGAUAUCCGUGCUGCUCGGACUGCGAUGCGUGCACUACAAAAUAAGCCAUUAAGACGAAGGAAGCUUGAUAUUCACUUUUCAAUUCCCAAGGAUAACCCUUCAGAAAAAGAUAUUAAUCAAGGAACUCUGGUGGUGUUCAAUUUGGAUGCAUCAGUAUCCAAUGAUGACCUUCGUCAAAUAUUUGGGGCUUAUGGGGAAGUCAAAGAGAUCAGGGAAACACCACACAAGCGGCAUCAUAAGUUCAUUGAGUUUUAUGAUGUUAGAGCUGCUGAGGCAGCUCUCAAAUCUUUAAAUAGGAGUGAUAUUGCUGGGAAACGCAUAAAACUUGAACCCAGCCGGCCUGGUGGAGCCCGACGAAACCUGAUGCAGCAAAUAAGUCAAGAGCUGGAACAAGAUGAAAUUCGAACUCUUCGACAUCCUGUCGGUUCACCAGUUACCAACUCUCCUCCAGGUAAAUCCAUUUGGAUGCUCAUCAUGCUGUACACUAUUUAGGUGGCAGAAAUAUUGCUUAUUCUCAUUAGGUUCCUGGUCCUGUUCAUACUGUAAAUGCAUCUUAUGUUGUAA